CUAAAGCUUAUUUUAAAAUGUUGUUUCAGGAACUUCUAUUACAUCACAAUGUUGAGGGAUCCAGUGUCACGGUACUUGAGUGAAUGGAAACAUGUCCAGAGAGGUGCAACAUGGAAAACUUCCCUUCAUAUGUGUGAUGGAAGAAGCCCCACACCAGACGAGCUGCCUACCUGUUAUGAAGGAGAUGACUGGUCUGGAGUCAGUUUACAGGAAUUCAUGGACUGUAGUUAUAACUUAGCCAACAACCGCCAGGUGCGCAUGCUGGCAGAUCUCAGCCUAGUUGGAUGUUACAAUUUGACUUUUAUGAACGAAAGUGAAAGGAAUAUGAUCCUAUUACAAAGCGCCAAGAACAACCUGAAAAACAUGGCCUUCUUUGGACUCACAGAGUUUCAGAGGAAAACUCAGUAUCUCUUUGAGAGGACAUUCAACCUGCAGUUCAUUUCCCCAUUCACCCAGUUCAAUGUUACACGAGCCUCAAAUGUAGAUAUCGAUGAGGGGGUACGGAAACGUAUAGAGGAUCUGAAUUUUUUGGACAUGCAGCUUUAUGAAUAUGCUAAGGACCUAUUUCUUCAACGCUUUCAGUACUCCAAGCAAGAGGAACACCAGAAGAACCGGCAAAAAAGGCGAGAGGAGCGGAGGCUGCUGCGGGAGCAAAGGGCUCACCAGUGGUCAAAAGAAGAAACUGCAGAAGAAAUCACUGUUACAGAAGAUUACAAUAGUCAGGUGGCAAGAUGGUGAAACUCUUCAGUCUCAGCCAAAAGAAACAGAUUGGAAACAUUGUGUAACUCUACAACUUUGGUAACUCACAGAUUAGACAAGAAAUGACUAUUGUUUGGUAAAUAAAACCAAGUCUAACCGUAGGCCUUCUUUGUAUUUCUAAUUUUCUGUCAGCUAGAAGAACAUUAUUCUUCCUCAGUGCACAUUAAUUAAUGUUACUAAAUGGCACUAGUAUAGAUCCCUAUUCAAAAUAAACUUCCUACAAGACCAUAAGCUCUGAGAAUAGCUUGACAAGGUAGCUCUUUCCUUUGCUUUAACAGAUGUACUCUACACAAUUUGAGCUACUGAAAUUUGUGAAAAUGUGAAUAAAAAAUUAAAGAAAAAAUUUGAGUCUUACUACACUGUUGAAGCUGGUCUGUGUCAUAUGAUCCAUUGUAACUGUAUUAUGCAGCUUUGCAAUAAGCGAAACAGAGAAAACCAUGUUGCUCUUGAAACAUUUACAAGCUGUGUUUUCAAUAAGAAAAGAAAGUAAUUCAUCCAAGUGAUUUUAAUUACAUUAAGCACUAAGUGGCACACGGGUUUAAUGCGCUCAUUUUUCUCAUGCGAAAGGCUAUAAUCACUAGUGUUUUAGAAGAGAAAUGAGUUAGCUAGUUUCGACCUAAUUCUAGCAGAUGUUGGUGCAUAUUACCAAAUCUGCUAGUAGGCAACCUUCAUUCUGAAAGCUUGGCAGAGGAAUGGGACAGUUGCUGUAACUAAGAAUUUCUGCAGACCAGGCUUUGCUUAGAUUAUCUGACUAAAGGUUAUGAUAUCUGCUUUAACUUUCACAAAAGGUGAAAUUUAUGAACAGGAUAAAGGGAAAGAUUAAAAAAAGGGAAAGAGAACAGGAGAAAAAGUUUUAAGUAUGAAUCUGACAUUUUCCAAAUCUGCUCUAGAAGCAUUGUCUAUAAAAAGGUUCAUUUAUAUUGAGUGACAAGAACCAAUAUGGUUUUCUUUCUAAAGACUGCAUUGGCAAUGAUCUAUCAAACUCAGAUUUUUUUAAAGGAUACAAAAGGUAUGUGAACAAAUCUUGCAAUUUGUUACUAAUAUUUAUGUGCUAUCUUCUCCUGUGCACGGUUUUACAAAUGUAUAUAUCCCAAUGCUUGAGUUGAAAAUAUUCUAGAAGUCUAUAGCUUUCCUGUGCAACAGAUCUUUAUCUGGGUUUUUUUAAAUGUUGACUAGCAAAAGAUUUAUAAUAAUUGAUUCUUUCUUCAUAUUUUAGGUUCUUGGGACUAAGAGUAUGUCUAGUUCAGAGUUUUCUGCUGUUUGUAAUGGUGCAUAUGCAAAAAUAAUUUUUGAGAUACGUUUCCCUUGUUGCAUAAAUCUAGCAUUAUGUGGGCCAUUUUUUAAAGUGAUCUGUACACCUCCAAAUUUAGUUUUGCAUUCAUGAAUGGUUUUUGCUUAUCCCCCAGUUACUAAAAUCGAACUGCUCAAUCCAGGUUCACAGAUGUGAGGUUUCGGGGACAGUAAAGAAAAGUUAUUCCAAAAUUAUUUUGCACAGAGACUGCUUUUGAAAACUUGUCAUUACAUUUCCAAACGUUGUCUUAUUUUCAGGACACACUGAUAUUUUAGACUAACAAAACACUUGUCAAAACAUCAGUGGCAGUUAGUGCAUACAAAAAUAUAUUGAAAACAGGAAUUCCUACAAAGUGAGUAUAACUAAUACUAAAGGGGGAAAAAAGACUACCAAAUUGCCUUGUUAGCUGUAGAGUGCAAGAUUUUGUUUGGUAAGACAACAGCAUUUUGUCCAUGUCACUUCAUCUCCUUACAUCUCUACAUGGGCAGCUGAUCAUGAGAAGCUAGGCCACAUCCACAAGAUCACAGCCCUGUAGGGUGGCUAAUGCAUUGCAGGCAAUAUUUUGCUACUAGGCUCCAGGCAGAGCUGGUGCUUUUCUGUCAGAGGUCUGACUUUUCAGUGUAUAGUACUAGAGCACAGGGAGAAGAAGGACCAAGGGAACAUGAGCCUGUGUUUUACUUCUCUGCUUCUUCAGAUCCAACAGCAACUAAGUAAGGAUAAGGAAGAGUGGAUCCCUCUGACACUGUAGUGGGAACUGGGUAGGAAAGAGAAAUAAUUCUCAAUCUGAGGAUGGGCUUUCUGCUUUGGAAAGAUGGGGGAGGGUGUAUUUAUAAGACAUGGAGGAGUAGGAAGGAAGAUGAGGACAGAGCCAAACUGGAGCCACUAGGAGAGGUGGUCUUUGAGGGUGCCAGGGGGAGGGGUAGGAGCUGGAGCAGAUGAUGGUGUUGGGAGGAAAGGAGCCUACUUUCUGAGCUGGGAGGGUAAAGGGUGCUUUUGGUUGGGUUGAGUGCAGAGUAGAGCAGUGUCAGCUGAUGUGCAGGUAGGGUGGAAGGAAGGGUAAGGGAAAAGAAGAGUUUAGAGAGGCUGGAAAAAAGAGAGAACAGAAAGGAGAUAAACACAGUUUUCGUCCCACCUGCCUUUUACUGCCAAGUGACCCUUAUUUUUCACUCUGAAAGCAGGUAGGUGCUCUUCUCCUUUCUUCCCUGCUGUUCUUUCUUUUCACCUAACAAAACUCCUCCCUGCCCCUCCCCUAGCCACAGUGGUCUAGUGUUUCACUUUGACAGCAUUGCUCUCCCGGGUGAGGGGAGAGGCAUGCUGGGAGCUUGCUGCCUACAGCAACACCUAUUACUGUGCAUCCAGCACCCCCUUUCCAAACUGCUCCUGCUGUGUGACAUGGAGCAAAUUCUAUCAGGGACAAUGAAAGCAAAGGCUCCGGGUGUCUGAAAAAUUUGUUUUAAAAGUCUGGCCAUACAUUAAUAUUAGACCUAACCUUUUAGUCAGUUAUCUCCCAGAAGGGAAAACCUAGUCUCUGAUGGCUGCUAGUGUGCAAUGGCAUUUAUGUUAACAAGAGGCAUAAUGCCUGAGAUUUAGUUAAAGUUCAUUCUUGCUGAGCCUUCUUUGCACAUACAGGUGUUUGCACAGGAACAACUGAGCCAGUCAGGCAGCCUCUAAAGGUCAUCAAAAAGCCUUCCCAGUGACGUCAGCAGCUUCAGAAAAACCCACAGUUAGUUCACCAUGAGCAUUAUUAUUAGCAGACAUUCCAAAAUAAUUCAUGCCACUAAUCAGGGGAGCAGGCUGGAUUCAUAGCCCUGUACUCCAAGCUUACACUUCUGUAACUGCACUGAGUUUCAUUGUAACUAUGUUGAUUUAAAUGAGUUCAGAAUUUAUUCUAGUGUGUUCAUUUCCAAAACUUGGCAAGCACUAUUUAAAAAAAACAAAAAAGCGAAGAUAUUGGAUCUCCCUUCACAUUCAUGGCUGCUUUUAUUACUGAAUGGAGUAAGAAAACUGUUGCCUCCAUUCUGCUACUGUGAUGCUCCAUUACUCACUUUACUGUAAUGUAGAUGUUGUUGCUAUUCUUUCACAUCAUGUAUUCACUACUUGCAGCAUAUUUCCAGAUACACUUGAAUGCAGGUUCAUGCUAGGCAAAAAUCCUGCUGAUAUGUUGAGAUUUGGCAGUUUUGUUUGGUGUAAGAAGUAAACAUGUUGUCUGUGGCCUGUAUUUUGUCAAAAGAUGAAAAUCAAGCCCAUCUUCCCUGCAUGCCAGAGUGUAUACACACGUUAUCACACACACCACUUUGUACCAAUACAGUAUCUUUUUCUCUGCCCCAGUGCCUUUCCUUACAACAGCCUGUGGCAGUGAUGAAAAUGUAAAAAAAAAAUGCAAGAAAAUCUCCUUAGUGACAUAUGUUUUUGGUGGUGAUUAGCAAUGCAUUGAAUCUAGAAAACUGGAUCCAAUUCCUCUGAUGUUUGUGAAGGUUUGUUUCAGAGCCAAACCUCACAGCUGUGCUGUAUCUGUAAUAGGCAAAACAGAAUGUCAGGUUUGAACUUUGGGGAAAUUCCUAUAUUUGGUUUCAGACUUGGCAGCUUGGUGCCAUUUCUGGAUUUCAGCCUCUUCCACUCCUGUCAUCAAGUAAUUGGGCCAAAUAGAGCAGUAAUAUAAGCAAUGUCGAUAAGUGACACCUGGGCUAAGUACAGACAGUCAAAAAGCCCAAGGCUGGAUCAAU